AUGGUCAGCCCGUGUGCCGUGCGCCUCCUUCUCCUCCUGCCACUGGCCACCUGCUCCCCUUUGCUGGACAGAGAAGAACCCGGGGGUGUCCGGGCGGGCCCGGUGACCUGGGCCCACGUGGCAGGGGGCCGCCGUGUCCUGGGGGGCACCGCUUGGUGGCUGAGAGGCCCCCGGGCACCCGCCCUGCUGGUCACAGCCAGAGAGCUGUCGAGCCGAGAGCAGGCCGGCUUUGGGGGCCCUUCGGCAAGGCGUGAAGACGACCAGGAGGCCCCCGACGUCCCCCCGGCUGACGGCAGGAAGGCGCCCGGGCAGCUGGGCACGCUGGUGGAGGGGCUCCAGGGCUACGGCAGGAAGAAAGGCGGCUUCAGCUUCCGCUUCGGCCGCGGGUAG